AUGACUUCGUUACAUAAUCCUGUUGGAGAGGCAUCGAGUACAUAUCAGGAACCAGCUGGGGCAUCUAGCUACUAUAGUGUACCGCACCUGCACCAGCCAAUGAUGGAUAAUUCUAUAGCGAGCUCAAAUCAAGCUACUCCUUAUUAUGAGCAGCGACAAAUUAAUGACAAUCAGUCUUCUGUCACACCUAAUCAAGGCUACUACAACGAUCAGCCAACAUAUGAAUCACAUCAACAAAGUCCAGCGAACGAUGUGCAGCAGUCUUCAACUACUGAGCAGCCAUUUUACGUCAACGCAAAACAAUAUCAUCGUAUCUUGAAAAGACGUAUAGCGAGGGCAAAGUUAGAAGAGAAUUUAAAAAUAGCUAGAACCAGAAAACCAUACUUACACGAAUCAAGGCAUAAGCAUGCAAUGAGAAGGCCAAGAGGUCAAGGUGGUAGGUUCUUGACGGCAGCUGAGAUCGCAGAAAAGGAAAGACAGGAAAAGUUGAAAGAGCUCGAGGAUAAAAAAAAUGAAGAAACGAAUUCUAAGGACCCAAACUUGAAUGACGAAGAACAGACAACAAUAAAUGAUAAAUCUUAUGCUAUCAAGAGUGAGCAGAAGGAUUCAAGUAGCUUUGAUCGCGGGCCCAAUAAUGGUGAGGAUGAUUCCAUUUUUCAAAAUUUGAUUAAUGAAACAGGGAAUAAUGAAGAUUGA